AUGGGAUUGAAAUUAUGGAAAAUAUUUUUGGUUGUAUUGUGUACAAUUGUACUUGGAACACUGGGUGUUAACAGUAUGUUUAGUGAAAUUUGCACAUCUACCGGUACUGAUAGCAUAUCAUUACUCGAUAAAAAAAACAUAAGCAAUGAAGGAAUAAAAGUUGAAAUAAUAGAUUUUAAUUCAACGGGAAUAGUCUUUAAAGUUGAUGCUCAAAAUGAUCAAAUUACAAGAAUUGUUUUAUGGGUAGAGCUGACAAGUACUCAACAAGAACAACAUAUUGGAUCCUUCACACCAAUUCCUCAUCACGCAUAUAUAAAGGGUUGUUAUGGUGAUCCUAAUUCGACGAUUACCGAUUUUAAUGGAUUUAAAAAUACAUCUCAAAUUAUCUAUCAAUGGUCCGCACCACCAGGAACAACAGUUGAAGAGGAUCAAUCACAACUCUCUUCAAACCCAACCCAAAAACGACAUAAUAAUCAUAAUAACAAAGGAUACUCCCUAAAACUUCAUAAACAACGUAAACACUGUAUUUCAAAUCGACACGAAAAAUCCCACCAUCACAAAAAAUAUAAUCAUAAAAAAUAUAAAAAAACCCGUAACGGUAAUUGUAAAAAAUAUAAAAAACCUAAUAGUAAAUCUCAUCGUAAAUUCCCUGUAUCUCAUAUAGAAAAUAAUAAUACGUCAUCACCAUCAUCAUUUACGAAUGACUUUAAUACGUUUCAAAUUAAAGGUUCUGCAAUUGUUGCGAGCAAUCCGAACAUGUAUAUCAUUUUUGCUUCCAAUAUGAUGCAAAUUGACGGGAAAAUUCCGCCAUUCAAUAAUUCGUUAAACACUUCGUCUAGUGAUAAAAACGAUAAUAACUAUGUUUCUAGUUUUACCA